AUGAAGUUUACCGCAGUUUUACUUGUUUUCGCAACAGCCUGUGGUGCUGAACAUCAUCGGCGAGCGACUACGGACAACGGCAUCGACCUUGUCGCAAUCACGAGCGCGCUAGAGCACCUGGUAGCCAGCCAGACUGCCAGCGCGAACUUCGGCAACAUCUCUCCGCCGCCCAAGUCGCUCAUUCCUGAGAUUCUGUCCGUCGUGCCAGUAUCUGUCGUUUGGGAACUGAUUAAUCCACCGGAGCGCAGUGCCCUCGCCAGUCAGUUCAAGGCUGGCUCGACUCCAGCGUGGUAUAGCGCUCUCCCAUCCGGCGUCAAGAGGCUGGCAGAUUCCAAAGCUACAGCUGCAAACACAGCAGCGACGGCGACGGCGACCGAUGGCAACUCCGAGUCCGGGCGAGCAAGCUCGAGUUCAUCUACCGAUGCAGCGGCACAGGCCACGGGUCUGACGGUGUCGGCGAUGGGGGCGCUAGGAGUGCUUGGACUUGCACUAGCUCUGUGA